UAUUGCUUUAGAACGGUCAUUGUUCAGCGUGCAAGCCCUUUUAUGGGCCAGAUUUAGUUAAUAACUUCCUAAGCAGAAACUUAUCAAUUCUCCUUUUUCAAUCUAUGGCAAGAAAAACUUCAAUAUCUCAGUCACAUGUGUAUAUAGACAGAUUUAUCAUAUACAUAUUUAGGCUGAUUUGAUCUAAAUUCAUUGCAUAUCAAAAGUUGCUAGAGUUUGCAAUAUAUGCUUGAGUCAAAACCAUUCAGGUUAGUGGGAUUAUCAAAUGUAUUGCCCUUGAUUGGCCUCUUCUACUAUAUUUUGUCCUAAACAGUGCUCACAAUGAUUAAAGAAACAUAUGAAAUGGACACUUCAUUUAUUUAUUCAAUGAUUUAAAAAAGGAAAAACAGAAGAAGUAUCAUGUUGAUAAAGAGAGGAGACCAAGAGAAGCGACUACUCAGCGAAAGGCAAUGAUCAAGCAAAUACAUAGGAAAGAAGCUGGAAACUUGGCUCAAGAAAAAUAAAAAGCUCGAAACUAUGUGAGAAAUUUCCUUCAAUUUUUUCCGUUAAAUAGUCAAUUUUAACUACACAACACGCGAGUAACUCUACUCCAGUCAUGGAAGAGUGCAGAUUCGAGACGAGUGAGUUACAGGCUUCGUUCAUGACAGCGACUCCAUUAUGGUAUGAUUCAUGGAGUUUAUGCGAAGUUGCAGAUCGCACAAGGAGUAUUCAGAUACAUCGCAUCGCUGGAAUCAUGUACGUUGCUCUACCGGCGGUGGAGAUAACUCAACCGGACAAUCUAGUGGUUCUGGAAGUUGCGGGAGAUGGAUAUUUCUCGGCCUUCUCCACAUCACUACCAUCCAAUGAGCCGCCUCCUAUGGUCAACGGUGCAAUACGUGACCUUUUUGUUUCCUCGGCUCUCCAUAUUCAGUCGCAGAUCACACAAGGAUUGAAAAUGGAAGAAAGAAAACAGGUGGUAAUAACCGGACAUUCAACUGGUGGCUCAGUGGCCGCACUCACCGCACUUUGGCUUCUCUCACAACCUUCGAAGCCGUCAUUCCGCCUCCUCUGCAUCACCUUCGGCUCUCCUUUGCUCGGAAACCAGUCUCUCUCUUCCUCCAUCUCCCGUUCACGUUUAGCCCACAACUUCUGCAACGUGGUCUCCAUCCACGACCUCGCUCCCCGAAGAAAUGAUGAUUUAUGGCCCUUUGGGACCUUUCUCUUCUGUUCCGACAAUGGAGGUGUCUGCUUAGACAAUGCUGAUUCAGUUCGUAGGAUGUUUUUUAUACUCAACUCGACAGGAACACCAAACAUUGAGGAACGUCCAAGGUACGAACAUUACGUGUCUACACUCUCUCACCAGUUUCUCGUAUCUAGAAGCUUUUCUGGUGGUAGUCUCUCAGACAAUAGCUACCAAGCUGGUGUGGCAUUAGCCGUAGAAUCUCUAGGAUUCUCUCGUGAUAACCCAAGUGGUGUAUCAGCGAAAGAAUGCAUAGAAGCAGCUACAGAAAUUACUCGUGCACCGAUUGUGAGAUCGAGUGAGUUAGCUAUUGAGCUUGGUAAUGUCUUGCCAUCGAGACUAGAAAUUCAAUGGUUCAAAGACAGCUGCGACGGAUCACCAAAGCAGCUCGGUUACUAUGAUAACUUCAAGGUAAUGUCUAAAAGAGAGAUGAAGGUGAACAUGAGUCGGGCAAAGCUCGCUAAGUUUUGGGAUGGUGUGAUAAGAAUGGUGGAGAAGAAAGAGUUACCUUUUGAUUUUCAUCUCGGAAAGAAAUGGGUAUAUGCAUCCCAGUUUUACCAACUCUUAGCCGAACCACUGGACAUUGCAUACUUCUACAAAUACGACUAUUCAAGGACUAAAGGUCACUACAUGGAGAAUGGGAAUAGACACAAGAGGUACGUAGAGAUUGAUAAGUGGUGGAAAGAGAAAGGAGAGCCUCAUAAAGAGAAGGGUGCGAGAACUCGAAAUGCUAGCACUACGCAGGAUACUUGCUUUUGGGCUAAGCUGGAGGAAGCAAAAGAGUGUUUGGAUGAUAUGAAAAGUGAGAGUAUCGAUGAACAAAGACGAUAUUUGUUAUGGAAAAGAAUUGUUGGGUUUGAGAGCUAUGCUAAUACAUUGGUGAAAAUGAAGGAAGUUUCAGUUGAUGUUUUGGCAAGGAAUUCGAGUUACAGUGUGUGGGUGGAGAGGCUAAGUGAGUUCAAGAUCAAAAACGGUAAUAUGGUUGCUGAUGACGCAAUGGAGUUUUAGUAGAAUUAAUAGCAAAUCUGAUUAACGAUAUAUAUGCUCGAGAACAAUGUUUAUCUACGGCAUGUUUAUGUAAGACUUUCUGAUGUAUGCUGCUAUUCCUAAAAUAUCUUUAUCAAAGCACUUUUUAUUAAAUAAUAAUGGUAAAUUGUAAUUUUAAAAAAAUGUGUUUACUGAAUUUUUCUUAAAAGUUAUGAAAAA